CCCUUCCAAGUUUUGUUGAAAAUUCAUACGGAUCAGGUACUACCAUCUGUGAGUCGAUCUAACAACUUAUUCUUCCACUUGAUGGCUUUGCCUUUAUCCGUGCACGUGUGUUCUGUGUCGCAAGAAUCGUUCAUUUUUUGGCGCACAAUUAGAUAAAACAUGCCGUCCGACGCAAAAAAGAAACAACAACAGAAAAAGAAAGAAGCUGCUAAGGCUAGACAAUCUGGCAAGAAACCAACUACCAAUCAAACAAAAUCUACAGAAGAUGGAAAAGAUCUAAAUACUGCGUCGGAAGAACCUGUUCAAAAUGGAACUAAUGGAACGGCUAUUAGUGUAGAAGAGGCAUUAUGCUUAAAGCUAGAAGCAGAUGCCAGGCUCAAUGCUGAAGCACGUUCAUGCACUGGAUCUCUGGCUUCGCAUCCACGAAGUAGAGACAUAAAAAUAUCUAAUUUUUCUAUUACCUUUCAUGGUUGCGAAUUGCUACAAGAUACUAUGCUUGAAUUAAAUUGUGGAAGACGUUAUGGUUUACUUGGUCUUAAUGGUUCUGGAAAGUCUACUUUGUUGGCAGUACUUGGAAAUAGAGAAGUUCCUAUACCAGAUCAAAUUGAUAUUUUUCACUUGACUAGAGAAAUGCCUGCUAGCAAUAAAACUGCUUUAGAAUGUGUUAUGGAAGUUGAUGAAGAAAGAGUAAGACUUGAGAAACUCGCUGAAGAAUUGAUUGAUUGCGAAGAGGAAGAUGCUCAGGAACAACUAAUGGAUGUAUAUGAACGAUUAGAUGAUAUGGCUGCUGACACUGCAGAAGCUCGUGCUGCGCAUAUUUUACAUGGUCUAGGUUUUACUCCCCAAAUGCAAAAAACUGCCACCAAGGAUUUUUCAGGAGGAUGGCGUAUGCGUAUAGCUCUUGCUAGAGCACUCUAUGUGAAACCUCAUCUAUUAUUGCUCGAUGAACCAACCAAUCAUUUGGAUUUGGAUGCAUGUGUUUGGCUGGAGGAAGAAUUGAAAACGUAUAAACGAAUUUUGGUUAUCAUCUCCCAUUCUCAAGACUUUCUUAAUGGCAUUUGUACAAACAUUAUACAUGUCAAUAAGAAACAAUUAAAAUAUUACACAGGAAAUUAUGAAGCAUUUGUGAAAACAAGAAUGGAAUUAUUGGAGAAUCAAGCGAAACAGUACAAUUGGGAGCAAGAUCAAAUCGCCCAUAUGAAGAAUUAUAUUGCACGAUUUGGACAUGGUUCUGCUAAAUUAGCAAGACAAGCUCAAUCGAAAGAGAAAACUUUAGCAAAAAUGGUAGCACAAGGUCUUACAGAAAAAGUUGUCAAUGAUAAAGUAUUAAAUUUCUAUUUUCCAUCUUGUGGAACUAUUCCACCUCCUGUUAUAAUGGUGCAGAACGUGAGUUUUCGUUACAAUGAAAAUUCUCCCUGGAUAUAUAAAAAUUUGGAGUUCGGUAUUGAUUUAGAUACUAGAUUAGCUUUAGUUGGUCCUAAUGGUGCAGGAAAGAGUACAUUAUUAAAAUUACUUUAUGGGGAUUUGGUGCCUACAAGUGGUAUGAUUCGUAAAAAUAGUCAUCUACGUAUAGGAAGAUAUCAUCAGCAUUUACAUGAACUUUUAGAUUUGGAUAUCUCUCCUUUGGAUUAUAUGAUGAAAGCUUUUCCAGAUGUUAAAGAACGAGAAGAAAUGCGAAAAAUUAUCGGUCGUUAUGGACUUACCGGGCGUCAACAAGUCUGUCCAAUUCGUCAACUAUCUGAUGGACAACGUUGUCGUGUAGUAUUUGCUUGGUUAGCUUGGCAAGUCCCACAUUUAUUACUUCUUGACGAACCUACAAAUCAUCUUGACAUGGAAACAAUAGAUGCACUUGCAGAAGCAAUUAAUGAUUUUGAUGGAGGGAUGGUGCUAGUAUCUCACGAUUUCAGAUUGAUAAAUCAGGUUGCAGAAGAGAUAUGGGUAUGUGAAAAUGGAACAGUUACAAAGUGGAGUGGUAAUAUUUUGAAUUACAAGGAACAUCUCAAAAACAAAGUUCUUAAUGAUAAUCAGAAAAGACAAAAGGAUUUUAUCAAUAGAGGAAAAUAAUGCAAGGCCCGUUAUUCAAUAUAUAUUACAUUUCUCGUUUUAUUCAGAGCACUCUCUAUUACUUUAAAAUUUUACCUAUGGUCUUGAUCGUUAAUUGUCACUGCACUUAUGCUGCUGUGUAGCGUACCGGUGACACGAGAUUACCUAGUUAAUUUAUUUAAAUAAUACGUCAUUAAAUAUACCGCAAAUGUACACAUCUUA